AUGCCAGGGCAGAUUAGCUACACUUCUGGAUCAUUAAGCAGGGCAAAGAAGGUCCGCAUCGGCAAGUGUAGGGUGAAGAACCUCCCCAAACAACUUUUUGGACGACCCAGGUAUAACCCGCUGAUACUGGAAGAGGUCGAACGACGCUCAGUGACUUCAUCAUCAUCCGCUAGUUCGGUGCUUCAAGAAUACGAGGAGGACAGACGAAACGAGAUUCAAUGGGAUUAUUCAUGGGCAAGGGACAAUGAAAGGGAGAGAAGAGUAAGGCGGUUAGGCUCAGGAGCUGAAGUUCAUCAGAGAAGAUCCCAAGCAAAAGACCAAGUACUUAGCCAGCAAGUCAAACAGUCUGGCGACACUGUUGCCACUUUGGCUCUCUCAAGACAACAGACAGGAGACCAAGCCUGGAAAAACCGCAAGUAA